GCCUUCUCUUCCAACCUCAAGUACUUGAGACAGCCUCGCCGGCCGGCAGCCACCAAGAGAUCGAGCUCCGGCCUCCGGCCCUAAUCUAGCUCGCUCGUCCAUCUCCCAUGGCGGACAAGAUCAAGACGGUGGUGGUGCUGAUCCAGGAGAACCGCUCCUUUGACCACAUGCUGGGCUGGAUGAAGUCCCUGAACCCGGAGAUCAACGGCGUCACGGGGGCUGAGCUCAACCACGCGGUCGCCGGGGACGCGUCCUCCCCCGCCGUCCACUUCGGCGACGGCUCCGAGUACGUGGACCCUGACCCUGGCCACUCCUUCCAGGCCAUCUACGAGCAGGUGUACGGCGACCCCUACACCUGGGGCAACACGGCGCCGGCGACCAAGCCCGGCGUGGUGGUCCCGCCGAUGAGCGGGUUCGCGCAGCAGGCGGAGAAGGAGAAGGCCGGUAUGUCGCGUACCGUGAUGAACGGGUUCCGGCCCGACGCCGUGCCCGUGUACCGCGAGCUGGUGCGCGAGUUCGCCGUGUGCGACCGGUGGUUCGCGUCCGUGCCGUCGUCGACACAGCCCAGCCGGAUGUUCGUGCACUCGGCGACGUCCCACGGGCUAGUCAGCAACGACAAGAAGAUGCUCCGCGACGGCCUCCCGCAGCGCACCAUCUUCGACGCCCUCCACGACGCCGGCCGCUCCUUCGGGGUCUACUACCAGUUCCCGCCGUCAGUGCUCUUCUACAGGAACAUGCGUCAGCUCAAGUACUUCGGCAAGUUCCACCCGUACGACAUCGACUUCAAGCGUCACUGCAAGGAGGGCAAGCUGCCCAACUACGUCGUCAUCGAGCAGCGCUACCUCGACCUCAAGCUCCUCCCGGGCAACGACGACCACCCGUCGCACGACGUCGCCGAGGGCCAGCGCCUCGUCAAGGAGGUCUACGAGGCGCUCCGGUCGGGGCCCCAGUGGCACGAGACGCUGCUCGUGAUCACCUACGACGAGCACGGCGGGUUCUUCGACCACGUCCCCACCCCCAUCGCGGGCGUCCCCAGCCCCGACGGCAUCGUCAGCGCCGCCCCCGUCAGCUUCAACUUCGACCGCCUCGGCGUCCGCGUCCCGGCGCUCUUCAUCUCGCCAUGGAUCGACCCGGGCACAGUGGUUCACCGGCCGUCAGGGCCGGAGCCGACGUCGCAGUACGAGCACUCGUCCAUCCCGGCGACGGUGAAGAAGAUCUUCAACCUCAAGGAGUUCCUCACCAAGCGUGACGCCUGGGCCGGCACGUUCGACUCCGUUCUCACGCGCGCCACUCCAAGAACCGACUGCCCAGAAAAACUGCCGGAGCCAGUACGGCUGCGGUCGGCGGAGGCGGAGGAGCACCGGGAGAUCUCGGAGUUCCAGGCGGAGCUGGUGCAGCUGGGCGCCGCCCUGAACGGCGACCACGCCACGGACGCCUACGAGACCGACAAGCUCAUCGAGGGGAUGACCGUCGCAGCGGCCGCCGAGUACUGCCGCGCCGCGUUCGGCCGGUUCCAGCAGGAGUGCCAGCGGUGCCAGGAGUGCGGCAUGGACGGGUCGCACAUCCCGACGGUGAAGCCGGCGCCGGGGUCGGCACAGGCGUCGUCCUCCGCGUCCAAUCUGUGCGGUUGCUUCCCAUGCUUCAAAGCUUAGCUCCUGCAUUAUGAUAUCAGAUAUGUCCCUUGCUUUGUGCUUCUGGACAAGCAUGGCAGAGCUUUAGCGAAGACUGGAGUACCAACCAGCAGGCAGCAUGUUAUCUCCGGUCUCCAUCACCUCCUGAAGAUGGAGCA